AUGGUCGAAUCUCCAACUCAAGUCACAGAGGAUUUUAUGGACACAGAUGAAACGCGUCAACAAUCAUUUGUUGAGUUAGAUUUCGAUACUCUUGUUAUUGAAGAUAAUAGGGAGAUAAUUACUUCGGAAAGAAUGACACUGUUCCAAGAACAUUUAAACCGCAUUACAUCUAUUCCUCCAUAUGAAAAUUCGAUUUCAUUUGAUGUUCUUAUACAAGAAAUUAAUAAUAACUUACCAGAAAAUCAAGCAUAUACCAGCGAAGAAGUUAACGCAGCGUUGAAAAAGAUGCAAGAUAGGAACAAAUUGAUGAUUUCAAAUGAAGACAAUAUGGUUUAUCUAAUAUAA